CUGCUCGCCAUUUGGUCAAGUCGUUGGGCGGAUGGGCGGCGCCGAUCACGAGAACGCGGUGUUGAUCUCGAUUUUGGAUGCCGAAGUCGUUGAUGUCCGUGUGACGACGUCUAAGGACGGCGUUUCUCGAACCGAAUUCAAGCUCAUCAUUUGGACGGACCGCCGCGGCCAGCUGUCGGUGUGGCACAAGUCCAAAACAUUUCUCAACCUCUCCACGACCCUCACGAUUCAGCAGCUUCACCAAGGGCUGCCUCCGUUUGACUACCCGUCGUAUGAAGCCCCGACGAUGGAUCAAAUCAAUGCAUUCCUGCGCCAAGCUUUGGCGUCGUCGUUGGAAUGGGGCAUUCGCGUCGACGCCGACACGGUCGUGUAUAAGAUCAACAAGACCCCCGACGUGUCUCCGCACCGAACGUCGUCGUCCGUAGUAAACCACGACUCGUCCGUCGUUUCCCAUGACGACCCGACAACUCAGGCGGAAAUGUCCCUCCUGAAAGCAUCGAUUGUCGACUUUCGCAUUCAAACCGUGCAUGCCGGUACCACCGACGAACGCGAGUGCGUACAAUACUGUGUCGUAAUCGAGACAGCGUCCCAUGGCACCCUGCAAGUGUGGCGCCGGUACUCUACAUUCCGCGACUUGGCGAAUUCGCUCGAGUUGCACAAUGCCCUGCCUCCGUCGCCGCUGCUCCCGAGCCAGCUCACGGGCGCCUUGAUCAGUCAGCGCGUGGCCCAACUCAAUCGUUUCCUCGAAACAGCGACAACAGAACCAACGUUGGAGUGGGGCAUCCGCAUUGACAAGGAUUCGUGCGUGUACAAACGCGCUACCAAAGCCCCCGCUCCACCGUCGGUGGACACCUCCGUUCACAACUUGAGCCACUUCCAGCUCAUGCAAGCACCGCCCCCCGAAGACCACCAGGUGUCGCUCAUCUCGGUGGCAGUGAAGGGGUAUCGUUUGAGUGGGAAAAACGCGCAGGGCCAGUGCUCGAUCAAGUACAACGCCCAGCUGGAAUGCCUCUCCAACAUCCACGGCCUCUGUACGUACUCGAUUUGGCGGCGCUACGGGACGUUCCAUGAGCUGGAAAAGUCGCUGAAUUUGACCGGCAGUCCGCGACUCAGCGAUCCCAGCGAGCCCGUCCACCACGACAAGAAUCUGAUUGACCAGAGAAUACGCAAACUCAACCGAUUCUUGGACUACAUCUCCCACACUGACGAUCUCGAAUGGGGCAUCCGCGUCGAUGCCGAGACAAUCGUGUACAAGCGCCGCGUCGUCUAAAUCGAACAUGCCGCUGCGUGGCCUCUGUGUUGUCCCAGCUCUUUCUAGUUGGGUCUCUCCCCUCUCAAUGUAUUGUAAACUUCACCAAUGUCCCGC